UGGUGGAGAUGCCCAACUUCCAAUAAAAUAGGUGCUAAUAAAUUUUGGCCAUAAUUUAGAGAGGAUAUUUGUUGGUGCUCUCGUUCCUACCAAAAAUGCAGCUUCGAAACAUCAGAUUCUUUUUCUGAGUCUCAACCACACACUGCAGCAUUACUGGUGAUGUUAACAGUGUCCACAGGGCUUGAAAGAUGGUGGUGUAGAGUCUAAGUUAGGGGGGAGACUUCAGCCGAGAUUUGAAAAUCAGUGAUUUCUAUUGUUGAAUGGCUUCUGAACUUCCAUAGACCAUGGAAGAUCUUAUAACUUUCCAGAUUUCAGCCUCCUCUCCAGCUAGUCGCCGUUGCCAAAAGACACUGCCAGGCCUUUACCAACAGCACCAAAGGCUCCAACCUUGUUCCGGUGGAGGUUCAAUGGCUGCUGACAGCUUCUCUUCGCCAUCUGGAAGCUGAGAUUUGCCCUCGUUCCUGGAAUUUCCAAGGCUUUGGCUCAGGUCUGAGGGAGGUGGAGACUGCCUAGACUGAACUGAAAGUGUGGGUUUGACUGGUUUAGAGGAGCCUUGACGGUUUCGGAUGUUGGCUAGGAGGAGUUUCAGAGGAAGUAUCAGCUACGAUAAGUAAAACUUAUUAUUAUAUUCUUCAGAGGUUCGGUCAUUUAACCUCU